GGUCCAAGAAGAAGCUGCAAAGGCCCGACAAGAGGCAGAAGAACGGGAACGCCUGCGUAAGCAAGAAGAGGAGGAGGCUCGUUUACUCCUCAUCGAACAAGAGGAACAACGUCUAAAGGCCCUUGCUCAGCAACUAGAAGACGAAGGAAAACGUCUGAAAGAAGAGCAAGAGGCUGCCAAAAGGCGAGAAGAGGAAGAGAGACUCCGAAGAGAAGCGGAGGAGAAUGAGAGAAAGGAACAAGAUCGUCUCCGACGUGAAGAGACCGAAAGAGAGGCCGAAAAACAGCGACAAGAGAGCGAACGAAUCAAGCUAGAAAUGCAAGAGAUCGAACGCAUUCAGGAGGAGCAACGCCUUCGAGAGUUGGAACAACAAGAAGCUGCAAGAAAGCUCGAGGAAGAGGCAAUGCGUUUAAAGGCAGCCGAAGCCGAGGCCAUCGCUCGUCGAGAACAAGAGCAACAAGAAGCUGCAAGAAAGCUCGAGGAAGAGGCAAUGCGUUUAAAGGCAGCUGAAGCCGAGGCCAUCGCUCGUCGAGAACAAGAGCAACAAGAAAUGUUCAGAAAAGCGGAAGAAAAAGUUGCUCAAGAACAGGAGGAGCGCCGUCUUGCAGAAAUGGAACAGGAACUCGUAGUCCAGCCUGACCAGGAACUUCACUCCCCAGCACCAUCUCCGUUAAUUGAUGAGGAUAGCGCCGACCCUAAUGAAGACGGCCUUUUCGAUACUAUCGAUAGCCUAAGGAAUCGUCUUCGAUCAAUGAGCCUCGAAGAUCGGGCAAAUCCUUCUCCUCAUUCUUCCCAUGCCACACUCCUCCCUAGUGCGCCACAAGUUGCUCAUUUUCAGUCUGUCUACGCCGAAAUUUGUGAAUCCGCUGAUGGUUUACCUCGCGAUUAUAAAAACACGAAUGCCAAAACCGCUUUCGAGUCACUAAACUCAGAGAUUCAAGAAUCUAAAUCACCCCUGGAUAGAUGCCAGGAACUCGCUUGGCUGUCAACAAAAAUAUCGGACUCUGAUGCUGCCUUGAGUGACUUACUGGAACACGUCGAUGGGUAUCCAGUAGCACCAGUGAGCGACCUACAGUCGAACCACAUAUCUGAUCCAAAGAACCCACCUGAAGAGCAACUGUCGGCACGUGUUGCCUUCACAAACGAUUUACUGAGUAGCCUGGAUGUAAUGAUCGAUUCUCUUCCACGAGAUUCACGUGUUACUUCCGAGCGCGAGCGACUGGAACAGACAUGGUCGGAACUACAGGAGAUGGCUACAGAUCGAAUCACAAACAAAUCUAGGCCAAGUACGGCCAGUGGCCAUGGGCGCUCUUCAAGUCGAACCAGUAGCUUAUCUGCUAGUAGUGCAUCAUCGGCAGCAUCUAACCCAUCCUCGGCGGCCCUUAAGAAACCUAUGCCGAAAACUCCCUCCCAGAAAAAGUCACGUGGUAAUAUAGGUCUCGGGCCUAGUCCACGACCAAGCUUAUUGUCGCCUCUCAAUACCCCGAAGCCUCCAUCAAGCAGGGCGAUUUCCGUAGCCUUGUCAAGUCGCAAAGACCGCGAGCCAAAGCUUAUUAAAAAGAGAUCCGUUUCAGGACCACUUGUGAGCCCUAAUUCGUCCGUGCAUAGGUCCACAUACUCGUCUCGUCAGCGUACAUCAAGUACCACGUCCAAUGCUGAACCAGAAACACCAACUAAACCCUCAUUCAAGCCGCCGCUCUCACCAUAUAAAACACCAAAGCCGCUCAGAGCAAUAUCUCCCAACCCUUCGGAGGCAUCAAGUAACCACUCAAAGCAACGAUCAGCGUCUCAGUCGCUAAAAUCCAAGCUCUCAUUCAGCCAAACCCCUCGUCCCGUCAUUCCCAAGCCGCCUGUACGAAAACCAUAUGUCGCCAACCCGAAGAACAAGUUGGACGUCGCUGUUGGUAACAUUGUCAACAAAAUGGAGGUCGCAGUUCCUAUUCAGGCGGUAGCAUCCAGCAGUUGGGAAGACAAAAGUGGAAAAUAUUGGAUUGGGGAUGAUGAAGACGCCAAAUUAUGUUUCUGCCGUAUUCUACGGUCACAAACUGUUAUGGUGAGAGUCGGUGGAGGUUGGUGCGAGUUGUCAAAGUUCCUUCGAGAUCACUUUGCCCAUCUCGUUGAGCAAAUUCCGGAGGCGCCCAGCAUGGGAACUAAAGACAUAAAAUGGAUUAGCUCCUCAACGUUGGGUGGUAACAAAGAUGGUGAACAAUCUUCAAACCCCUUCGAGAUAGGGCCACCCAGAACACCUGAACCCAAAGGUCCUCUUCCUGCGGUUCUUUUGCACACACCCAGUGGAACUAGCCCCCGAUCUGUCCAUUCUAGUGGCUCACCUGGCUCACCUUUGGCACCUUUACAAUUCAUCCGUAAAGCAGAAGAAUCUCCCAUCCGUUCCUCAACACCUACCCACCGAUUAGCCAAGAGCACCACUGCGCGAACGCCUUCUCGAGUU